UAAAGAGCACUUUAAUAUUUAUUAGACAAAACUAAAAAUGAAACUUGAAAUAACCGAUACCGCUCAAAACAUAAUUGAACAAAAAAAUAAAUUAAUAAUAAAAUGAAAAUUGAAAAACCCGAUAUUGUCGAAGACAUAAUUAAUCAAGUUGUUAAAAGUGAAAAUAUUAAGAAUCCUUCAGAAAUAUCAGUUUCGCGAGGCUCUCAAGAUGGUGACGGUUAUGUUUCAAAAACUUACGCAAUUUCUAUUAAAAAUGAUUUUGGAAAAGACAUCAAACUUUUCGUUAAAUACUUACCGGAUGAUGUGAUGUUGAAAUGGAAGACUGCUUUUAUUGAAGCUUUCUAUACAGAAUAUAACUUUUACGCGGAAAUCUACCCGGCUUUUAAUGAAUUCGAAAAUAGUAAAAAUAUUAAAGAACCAUUUAACAAUGUACCGAAACAUUUUAACACGAAAAUGAGAAAUGGUGAAACUCCACCAAUUGUUUUGGAAAAUUUAAGGAGUUUAGGGUACACUUUAAGAGAUCGAAAGAAACCUAUUGAUGAUGCGCAUUUAAUUUUACCUAUAAAAGCAUUUGCUAAAUAUCACGCUGUUAAUUAUGCCAUGAAAGAUCAACAAUCUGAAACAUAUAUAAAAUUAACUUCUGGUCCUAGAGAUAUAUUAGGUAACUAUUUUUUGGAAUUUGGAAUGUAUGAUAUGAUUGAAAAAUGUGUUAAACAACUUACGGAUAGUUUUGAUCCAAUUUUGGAUAAAGAAAUCAUGGAACGUUGUACAAAUUUAGAUCAGAAAUUAGUCAAUUAUAUGAAAAAUAUAUUUCGUGAAUAUGAUGAGUAUUUUAUUAUUGCGCAAGGAGAUUGUUGGUCCAACAAUAUGAUGUUUCUCUAUCAAGAAGAAACCGGUUUGCCAAUCGACGUAAAAUUAAUAGAUUGGCAAUGUCAAAGGAUUUCAUCUCCACUUUUCGAUUUUUCUUAUUUCUUUUACACAUUGGCCACGAAAAAAGAACUUGACAACGCCGAAUAUUACUUGAAACUUUAUUACGACACUUUAUCGCAACGAAUCGCCGAAUUAGGAAGUAAUCCAGAAAAUCUUUUUCCUUAUCACAUAUUUAGAGAUCAUUGGAGAAAAUAUUCAAAGUUUGGAUUGUGUAUGGCUUUUUCAGUCAUUAAAAUCCAAUUGUUUGAAAAAGACGAAAUUCCAAAUAUAUUAAAUCCGGAUACGGAAAUAACCCCAACAGAAGCUUUCGCUGUAGUUUUAAAAAGCCAAGAUGUUUAUAUUAAAAGAUUGAAAGACCUUUUAGAGUAUUUUAUACAUCAUGGAUUAUUGUAAUUUAAUUUUUAAUAAAUAAUGUAGUAAAAAUAAAAGCUCGAUUAUCUGUUCUUGCAGUAACUAUA